UGGAGGUGGCCGAGAAUGAGGGCGUCUUCUCUGGGGAUAAAAGAGCAGAGCUGGAGGAAAGAUGGAGGUGGUGUGGCAGACUCCUCACGCGCAGGAUCACAACAAGGUGAACCAUGGCAAGCAAGUUGGUGAUCAUCGACACAGACUGCGGCAUUGACGACGCUCAGGCCAUAAUGAUGGCCUUGGCGGCGCCCAACCUGGAGGUCCUGGCCGUGACCUGCGUGUUUGGGAACGCCGCGGUGGAGAACGUGUGUCAGAACGUUUUGCGGGUUCUCUCUGUCUGCGAGCGCCAGGAGAUUCCAGUGUUUCAAGGCAGUGCUGGUCCUCUUGUUGGAGUCAGUAGCCCAUUCAGUGACCACUUUGGAGGUGAUGGACUUGGGGAUGUGAUAGAGGAUAAAGAUCCUCAGUGGAAGGAGAAAAUUCAACAGGAGCACGCUGUUGAUGCCAUGAUUAGAUUGGCAUCUAAAUAUGAGAAUCAGGUCUCCUUGGUGGCCCUGGGUCCGCUCACCAACCUGGCGCUGGCUGUCAGACUGGAUCCACGUUUUCCCCAAAAGCUCAGAGAGCUCUUCAUCAUGGGAGGAAACAUGGAGGGAAAGGGGAACGUGACCGUCUGUGCAGAGUUCAACUUUGCAAUGGAUCCAGAAUCGGCUUACAUUGUUCUAGAAGAGUUCAUCUGCCCUACUUACCUCGCUACAUGGGAAUACUGUGGUAGAAAUGCCCUGACUUGGGAGUUCUUUGAAGAGCUGGUCAACCAGGACUUCCCGGCGGCCCGCUUCAUGAAGACGGUGACAUCAAAGUGUUGGGCCUACUCCAAAGAAGCCAUGAAGAACAAGAGAGACGUGUACUUCGGGCCUGGUUUCGUCUCUUACGACUCCUACGUGAUGGCGGCCUGCGUGGACGGCGGCACUGUGCUGGAGAGCAUCGAGUGCCCGGUGCGCGUGGAGCUGCAGGGCUCCAUGAGCCGCGGCAUGUUGGUGCUGGAUCGCACAAAGUCUCUGCAGAAGAGCCACGUUGUGAGGGUCAUGUCUAAAUGUGAUGUGAAGAAGUUUGGUCGGCUCCUAAUGGAGUCCCUCAAACAACCGUGGGGGAAGUAACCUGUUCGGCUGUAAGGUUUAUUUUUCUUACUACAAUGCCUUCAAACGAGGGACAAAUUUUACAAGAAUAAAAAAGUGUUGUUUUUUUUAGCUGCUAAAUAAACUUGGGUUAUCAUGAAAGACAAAACUUUGCGUUUCCUAUUUCUAGUUAAACAAGAUAUAUUUCAGUGAAAA